AUGCCAGAACCGACGUUUCUGACAUCCCAGUUCUUCCCCUUCAACCCAUCAGUAGGUGUGUUUCUCGGGCGCAUCGGCUGGAUAUGUGCACAAUCUCUCAUGUUAACAUCGUGCCUGUAUAUCGGGACAUUUUUUGCCAAGCUGCUCGACCACUUGUCAUCCCAACGCGAGUCUAAAUCGCCCGAACCUAGGGACACCUGGCUUCAAUGCCUACGAAACUACAUCAUUGGUCCGUGCACAGAGGAAUUGGUGUUUCGUUCAUGUAUGCUGACUAGCAUUCAACACUUGAAUCCACAUGUUUCAAAAGCUACACUCAUGUUGACACCGCCGCUGUACUUCGGCAUCGCCCAUAUACAUCAUGCGUGGGAAUCGCUGAAGCAAGGUGGAUUCACAAAACGCGCAGGGCGACUGGCAUUCCAGAGUAGUGCCUUGCAGUUCACUUACACAUCCGUGUUUGGAUGGUAUGCGGACUUUUUAUUCAUGCGCACUGGCACGGUAUGGGCACCGCUAACCGCACACAUCCUUUGUAAUGUCAUGGGACUCCCAAAGUUUUCAACGCAUCGUAACGGGAGCCCUAUGAAGUAUAUUCAAGUAUGUGCCCAUUUAACAGGCUUCGCUCUUUUUAUAAUUUCACUCAUGCCCCUGACUUCCACGUCUGCUCCUGGCUCAUUGAAGGCAUAA